AGGCUGCCUGCUGCUCACAUGGCUGCUGCUGUGCUGUGAGAGGGAGAGUUAAAGCUGAUGCACAUGCAGGGCAGCCAGUGAGAGUAAACUCUGCUGUAGUGUGUAAGAUCUCACUGGAAGAUGCUGAGAACGGAGAUCGGCAGAAUGGAUGUCCCCUUUCAGAUUUCCCUGAAUUACAACUUAUCUGCUUUGAAGACAGACAACUUCCUUGUUCUGGACGUUCUCCACCUUAGACACUGCUUUGAUGGCCAUAAAGAGGGAGAUUUGUCUACCUGCCCCUGGGAGUCAUCAUUCUUUUGUGAAAAUGGGGAAUGUAUUGGUUAUGUGAAGGUGUGUGACUUUCAGCUGGACUGCCCAGGAGAAGAUGAUGAAGGCACAAUAUGCGAAAACAUUCUUCCAGCAGGUGCCCAUUGCACCUUUGAAAAAGGCACAUGUGGCUGGACUGUGAACAAUACGACAGGUGGUUGGUGGACCUAUGCAAGCUCUGCACAGAUAUAUCAUGGAGAUAAUGGUCACCUGGCAGUUAUUGAAGGACAUUUUCUGUACCUGCUAAUAAAAAGCGAGCGCAACGACAGCACUGCAAGUGUGUACAGUGCCAGUAUACCCCCCAUGUUGCCCAACAGAGUCUGUCAGUUCACUUUUAAAUUCCUUAUAUAUGGCAUCUUCAACGGGUCUCUAGCAGUGUUUGCCCAGGAAGAAAACACAUUGAGGAGCUCAGAUAUAUUGUGGCAAACAGAUGUAACGCAAAGGGAUGUGUGGUCUUCUGUGACUCUCAAGGUUCCACAGUUCAAGAACAGAUUUCACAUGCAGUUGAUGGCCACAUGGGGCUGGAAUACGUUCUCCCACAUCCUUGUGGAUAACAUCACUUUCUUCACUGACUGCUUUCAUUCCGGAAGAAUAGAAAGCAGUUCUGGACAACAGGAGGGAUCACAAGACACAGACUUCUGGGAAGACCAGACUUUGAGUCCUCUGUCGGAACCUAUGUACACUGAAGAGGAAGAAGAUACGUUCUGGUUUUCUACUUGUGGUGCCAGUGGGUCUCAUGGUCCAACACAGGCACAGUGUAACAAUGCAUACCGCAACACCAACAUUUCCGUGAUUGUCGCAAAAGAAGGCGCACUAAGAGGUGUACAGAUUUGGAGAGUACCAUAUACCAAAGUCUACACAAUUUCUGCAUACGGCGCAGCAGGAGGUAAAGGAGCAAAGAACCACAACAAACGUUUGCAUGGAAUCUUCAUGUCUGGAGUGUUCCACCUGCAGAAAGAUGAGCUGCUGUACAUUGUGGUUGGCCAGCAAGGAGAAGAUGCUUGUCCCGGGAAGAACAAUAAGACACAAGAAAUAUGCAUGGGAGAGUCUUCCAUUAUCGAGGAUGAGUAUAGAGAAAAAAAAAGUCUUGCAGACUGGGCAGGAGGAGGAGGUGGCGGAGGUGGAGCUACCUACGUCUUCAAGGAGAUAAAUGGUGUGUUUACACCAUUACUGGUUGGCGCAGGGGGAGGAGGAAAAGCUUACCUAGAAGAUCCAGAUGAUUCUUCAGACUUUGAACAAGAAGAGGCGUUUGAAAGAAAUAUGUCAGUUCCGGGGAUGAAUGGAAAGAGUGGAGCAGCAGGUGGAGGGGGCGGCUGGAGUGACAUCACUGAGCUGCUGUGGGCUGGGAAAUCUCUUCUUAAAGGGUCAGUUGGGGGCCAGUCCUGCAACCGGGCUAGGGACACCCUACAGUGGGACACACAUGGUGGUUUUGGUGGCGGAGGAGGUCCAUGUACUUCUGGAGGAGGAGGUGGAGGAUACCAAGGAGGACACGCAUCCCAUCUGGAUGAUAUUUCUGCUGAUGGCCAGGAUGGGGUUUCAUUCAUAAAUCCAUCUGGAGAAAUGUUUCUUCAGCCUUUGGCUGCAAUGGAGAAUGAUGGAGAAGUACGCAUUGAGCUGUUCUUGAACUGUAGCCACUGCAAAUCUGGAAACUGUAAGAAAGAUAUGGAGCGCAGAGCAGUGUGUCUGUGUGAGGCUGGGACUAUGCUGGAUAGUGAUAACGUCACAUGUAUAGGACCCAAAGAACCCGUUCCAGACAGGCAGCUCCCACUUCCACUUAUUCUAGCUGUCCUUAUUGCAACAGUAAUACUUGGAGUGAUCUUUGCUUGUGGAACCCUAUCAUUUGUUUACCACCGCAAAAAGAAGCAGCUGGAGGGAGCCCGGGUGAGGUUACAGAGCACGGAGUAUAAACUGAGUAAGAUCCGCAGUUCCAUCAUCAUGACAGAUUACAACCCUAACUACUGCUUUGCUGGGAAAGGAGCUGGUUUAAGUGAAUUGAAGGAGGUUCCUCGGAAAAAUAUCACCCUACUCAGAGCUCUCGGUCAUGGCGCCUUUGGGGAGGUCUAUGAGGGGCUUGUGGUUGGAAUUUCUGGAGAUCCUAAUCCUCUUCAAGUAGCCAUCAAGACUCUGCCAGAAAUCUGCUCUGAGCAGGAUGAAAUGGACUUUCUCAUGGAGGCCCUGAUAAUCAGUAAAUUCAAUCACCAGAAUAUUGUGCGAUGCAUAGGAGUAAGUCUGCAAACGCUUCCCCGGUUUAUCCUGCUGGAACUCAUGUCUGGUGGGGAUAUGAAGAGUUUCCUCCGGCAGAAUCGCCCGUGGGUGAAUCAACCAUCAUCCUUAACAAUGUCAGAUCUGCUUAACAUGGCCAGAGAUAUCGCCUGUGGCUGCAAGUACCUAGAGGAGAACCACUUUAUUCACCGCGACAUUGCAGCCAGAAAUUGCCUGCUGACCUACACCAGUACCGUACGUGUAGCCAAAAUCGGUGACUUUGGAAUGGCUCGUGAUAUUUACAGAGCAAGUUACUAUAGGAAAGGGGGGAGAGCCAUGCUGCCGGUAAAGUGGAUGCCCCCUGAGGCUUUCCUAGAGGGAAUCUUCACGUCUAAGACUGACACCUGGUCCUUUGGAGUGUUGCUUUGGGAGAUCUUCUCAUUAGGCUACAUGCCAUACCCGUGCAAAACUAACCAAGAAGUGCUAGAGUUUGUUACGAGCGGUGGGCGCAUGGAUCCCCCCAAAAACUGCCCAGGACCAGUCUACCGAAUAAUGACACAGUGCUGGCAGCACACUCCAGAUCACCGGCCCAACUUCUCAACCAUCCUGGAGCGGAUCAUCUACUGCACACAGGAUCCUGAUGUGAUAAAUACAGCACUUCCUGUGGAAAGUGGGCCCGCUCCUGAAGAUGAAGGAAGUACAAUAAUGCGACCAAGCAGCUGUAACGGGAUAACACCUCUGGUGAGGAACCCUUUUCCUCCAACUCUGGACACACAGACAACGGAACAUAAACUUGGAGUCCUUCCUGAGGAAUUACUGGUAGAAAACCUGGUGGGCUGGAACAUCCGAGCACCAAGCUUACAAUGUGUUGCUGAGUCCCCAGAAGGUUCGUGUGUCCAGCCAAACCCUAUUUCCACAACAGAGACAAAACCCCAAAUGUCCCAUAAAGUAAAGAACAAAUCCAAAAAUCUUUGGAAUCCAACUUAUGGUUCUUGGGUAAUGGAAAGCACCUGCUGACUUGCUUUUAGCAUCCUAGUGUACAGCUUCGAUGUGAAGACUCAGGUUUCAACCUUGGGACUGUGGGAUCUAACCUCACCACAAGUUUUAGCAGUUCCAAAGAAAACCCACUGCAUCCUCAGACCACUUUCACUUAUUACAAGUUUUAGAGAAGAUUAAAAAAAACCUCAGACUGUGCCAUAGACCAUUAAACUGGGCUUUGACCUCACUUCCCAUUGA